GUGUAGUCGUUCUUUGCAACCGUCUUUCCUAUAUGUCUGGCCUACAGCGCAAAUAUCACUUGAUGAACCUAACAAGCUAUCGGUAUGUACUGAACCUUGAAAUAUGUAUAAAUAACACAUUUUACCCAUAACGCAAGAACUCCCUUCCUUUACAAACGCAAGAACUCCCUUUUCAAAUAGCAGAACUCCCUUUUCAAAAAGCAGAACUCCCUUUUCAAAUAGCAGAACUCCCUUUUCAAAUAGCAGAACUCCCUUUUCAAAUAGCAGAACUCCUUUUUCAAAUAGCAGAACUCCCUUUUCAAAUAACAGAACUCCCUUUUCAAAUAGCAGAACUCCCUUUUCAAAUAACAGAACUCCCUUUUCAAAUAGCAGAACUCCCUUUUCAAAUAACAGAACUCCCUUUUCAAAAAGCAGAACUCCCUUUUCAAAUAGCAGAACUCCCUUUUCAAUAAGCAGACAGAACUCCCUUUUCAAAUAACAGAACUCCCUUUUCAAAUAACAGAACUCCCUUUUCAAAUAACAGAACUCCCUUUUCAAAAAGCAGAACUCCCUUUUCAAAUAGCAGAACUCCCUUUUCAAAAAGCAGACAGAACUCCCUUUUCAAAUAACAGAACUUGGUUAUCAACUUGACAAAAUGAUCGGUGAAAAUGAGGGGUGAAAAUGAGCGGCAAGGUAAGAAUUUGACCGGACAACUCCGCAUUCUGGCUGACAUUGUCCGUUGACCGGCCGUUAUUUCGCGCCCUGCCAUUAGGUUGGUCGUUCAUGUUGAUAGGAUGCCUUCGUUUGUAAUGUCUUACAAAUUCUUUUCAGGAGAAGAAAGAAAAUGAUAGCGCUGAAGCAGAAUUAGAUAAUCGGUAAAUAUUUUCUCUUUUGUUGCUGGUCAGCUCGCGACAGAUUACUGGAAGCAAAGUCUUAAACUUUCAGUUUAUUUCUUUGUGAAGGUACAAAAUAAAGUCGAGUUCAUUCUUUUCGACGGCGCGACUUUGGGACGAUGGUAUUAUCUUGCCACAUGAAACUAGAGAGGUAAUUCACUUUAGUUCACGGCUUUAUAACGUGUUGGAUCGAGUUUCUGUUACAUUAGUAUUACCCAAAAAACUAGGCGAAAAGAACAACGAAUAGAAGACAGAAUAUGAACGAAAGUUUUUCUCAAAUUUUCCAGGUGUUGGCGUUAAGUUUACAGGCAUCAAUGGCCAAACGAAAUUCCGUUAGAAAUUCAAACUUUCCAAUUUUUCGUAUGUGACGUCAUCAUACGUAUAUGUACAAAAUAUACUCGACCUUCUGGUAAGUUUUGACUGCGAAAAGUAUACAGUUAUAUGGGGACCGGGAAUUCCUUUGUACAAAAUACACUAAAGUCUAAAUAUUACCAAAGUUUUGUCAAGUAAAGUUGCAUGAUCAGCAACGCUGUGUAGCAAUCGUUUCAAAACGUCAAACUGUUGUUAUGUAUGUCGCUCAUCUCCCGUUCAAUGAUGGCACAGAGUAGAUAAGACAUACAGAGACGUAACUGACCGUUGUAAACACUGCGGAAGAUUACGUUAUCAUGUACCCACUUUUUUUUCAGGCGACCGGGCGAAAAAUGAUCAACUGCGCGUGCUCAGCAAGUUUAAAGUGAGUCGUCAUCAGGUCGUCAUCCAAUCAGAUGCAUGCAUCUAGUAACUUGCCGAGCAUGCGCACAAAAAAAAUGGGUACACUAGUUACGUCUCUGUAUGUCUCUACUCUGUGAUGAUGGCAAUGCAUUUUGUUCACAUCAUUCCCAUCGGCCUUUGCGUCCUAUUGUUCCGACCCGCAAGCGCCUGCAUAUUGUUUAACAGACCGUGUUACGAACUACAAAAGAACUUCCCAAUUUUUUAUCACUUACUAGCCAUGUUUUAAAAGAUCUUUCAUUAAAGUCUGCAUAACAAUAUUUCUGCAAUAUAGUGUUUUCAGAGCCAAUUACAUACAAAAAAUAUUUUAUUUAUUCUUCACAUUUUUCACAUUCUUACUCUAUUAAAUAGUUCUACACAGUAUAUUUUUCUUGAAAUGUUUAUGAGUUUAAAUUUUAUCCCUUGGGCAUUGAUCUUUCUUCGCCUUCACAGAGAAAUAGUUGCAACAUUUUGAAAUUUUUGUGUCGUAAUACUGAUACCCGCAACAGUUAUGAUGAUGCUGUUUGUUGUAACGCUUGCCACAACAGCACACUUGUUUCAGAGGGUCGUACACCUGGUUACCACAAUCUAUCACAAAACAAAACAAUCGUUAAUGAUCACCAUAGAUAGCUGGGGUUUCACUAAACAUUAUCGUGCAGCAGAUGGUGGUCAACAUGUAGUUAUCAGAGCGAGAAAAUAAUUAUUUUCAUUCUCUUUUCUUGCUCUUGUAAAUUUCAAAAUUUCUGAAAUUGAACACCAUCUGUUGUCUUGUAACGCUUACUGGAACCCCAAAAUAGACAAGUCAAAAAUCACAAAAAAUCAAUCGGUGCAUAUUCACUAGAUACUCACAAUAGAAUGGACAGUAAGGAAAGUAAUACACACAGUCCCAUUUGCCGAUUUUCAAGCAUGUGCUGGUUUUGAAAGAAAAGUAAAAUAAUACGUGAAAUGAUAUCUCAAACGUGGUGGUCCAGUGUAGGUAGUAUUCUACAAUAAGCUGUCGUGGUUUGUAUCUGAACUACAUGAAAAAGAUAUUUCAAACGUGGUGGUCCAGUGUAGGUAGUAUUAUUCUACAAUAACCUAUACAUGUGAACUAUAUGUGAAAAGAGUAAAACAUAUUUCUCCUUGCACGACAAAGAAUUAAUUUAGUACUUACCAUUUCAUGCAACUACAUCUAACAAUGUAGCCAGGCUUGUGAGUCACACCAACACCCCAUUGACAAUCUAAAAAUAAAAAGAAUAGAAAACAAUUGAAGUGGUUAUGUUAAGUGAAAGUCAAAAAAUCCUGUCUUAUGUCACACCAGUUUAAAUUUUGAAAUGUCAUGUUUCUUACAUCCAGGAUCCUUCCCUUCUCCAUCGUGUUUCAGUUCAAGCAUUGAAGAUGUCUCAUCUUGUUCAUUCUCAACGAUGAGUCCUUUCACGUUGCUCGUUUCCUCGUUUCCUAAUCAAGAAAAGAGACAAUAAUGAUAUCUUAAACUUGGCCGUUGUAGGCACAGUAUCUUGCCCGAACUGAGUAAUACGUUGCGAAUGAAGACAUUCUUCGGGAAGAUAUUUUGAGUACCAAGCGGUGAAUGUUUUUCAGAAACAUUGAUAGCAAAUACCAAAACAUUAAGCAUGAAACUUUUAAUCAAAUAUAGCUUACCUCCUAAAGCAAGAGCAAUAAAAGUCAAGCCUAGAAAUAGUUGAAUCUUCAUCAUUGAAGUUUUCGGUGUUGUCUUCGCUUCAAGAUUUUGUACAAUGACUUUUUCUUCACGGCUUGUGUUGUUAGUCAGCACAGAAUGUAAGAUUUUUGUUUCUUACCCUAAACAAAGAAGUUUGUGAAACCCUUUUGUUGGAUCUAAACGCUUUGUUAAUGUUUCCUAUAAAGAGUUUGUUUAAAGUCGUAAGAUGCGAGGCUGUGCUUGGAACAGAUAAAUAUACUUUUUCGUUGGGAUUAAAGAUGCUUAGAAAAUCGUUCCUG